AUGAUUCCUCCGUUCGAGACAACCUUCGCAGUGCCUCUCAGCUGUGAAUCGUGCAUCAAAGACGUGUCAACGUCCUUGUACAAGCUUCCCGGCAUUCAUAAUGUCUCGGCCGACCUCCCAAACCAGCUCAUCUCAGUAAAUGGUACUGCUGCCCCUUCCGCCAUUGUUGCCGCUAUCCAGGAUACCGGUCGCGAUGCUAUUCUACGAGGCUCGGGCAAGUCCGAAAGUGCUGCCGUCUGCAUUCUCGAAACACACUCUUCCUCCGUCAAGGAUCAGGUGCGCGGUUUGAUUCGCAUGGUCCAGGUCUCUUCAAACAUGACCAUCAUCGAUCUCUCCAUUCGUGGUCUCUCGCCUGGCACAUAUCACGCGACCGUUCGCGAGACUGGCGACAUCUCGCGCGGCGCUGAAAACACCGGUGCCAUCUGGGACAUGCUACGUGCCAAAGAGGAGGGCAAGCCUCAGUCUGCUAGAGGUGUCUUCGGUACCGUCGAGGUCAACAAGAGCGGCAUCGCUUCUGUCUUCCUCGACAAGCCUAUCCAAAUUUGGGAGAUGAUCGGCCGCAGCAUAGUCGUCUCCAGACAACAAGACGGCAAGUUCGACAAGGAGGAUCCUGACACUCUUGUUGGUGUCAUUGCCAGAAGUGCCGGCGUCUGGGAUAACGACAAGACUGUUUGCUCGUGCUCGGGCAAGACUGUGUGGGAAGAGAGGACGGAGCAGGUCGGAAAGGGCAUGCUCUAA